UUUAUUGCUUCCCCUCUUUGUGAAAAAAUAGGCUUGGAAAUAGGUGAGGCUCGGUCACCCCCUCUGGGUGGAAGGAGAAAGCAAGUUCCGUCGUCGGUUUGGGCCGCGGCUGCAGGGAAUGCCCCUGGCUGCGACCCCUGCCCCGCUCUGGGGAAAGUGAUCUGCUCGAGAGUCCCCAGGACCCUGAGAACCGGUCCCCACCCAAGGCGGCGGCGGGCAAUUCCGGCACCGGGGCAGACGGGAUGCGCGGACCGCGUUCCCUCCGGCUUUCCCUCACGCCUCUGGAGAGCGGGAACCAACGACCUUGACCUCGGAGGAAACGGCUCUACGGAGCGAUGGACGGCCCCACAGAGAGGGCGGCCGGCUCCUCCGGAAAACUUGUCCACACAAAAGGCAUUCCUCAGCUUCCACCCCGAAAGGCGAGCCCUGGGUGUAGGAUUACCAGCGGCGCGCGGAGCCCGGCGAGAACGUGGUGCGCCCCCAGCUCCUGCCCGCGCUCCCCGGCCUCCGUGCGCCCCGCGCGCCUCCGCUCUCGCGCCCGCUUUCCCGCGGGGAAGGGGCCACCGCCCUGCGAGGCUGGCGGCCGCCCCGUCGUCCCCAAGCUCGGGGCCGCCCUGGACUUCCAUCCCGCGCCUCUGACGGCCGGGAGCACUCGCUCCCUGGGCCGCGGCUCAGGAGAGGCGGCCCCGCGGGGCUCCGGGCGGGGUGGGAGGCCGAGGCCCGGCUCCUCCAGCCCCUCCCGCGGCCCCACCUCUCCGCGCUCGGCUCCCUCUGCCCCGCGCGGGCCAGGAAGGCGCGGGCUUGGCCGCUCUUCCCCUCCACGGCAAAGCCGUGAACGGACAGCUGAUGCCACUUCCUUCCCUGCCAGCGCCCUCCCUGCCCGACCCCGCUUCCCGUCCUCUCUCCAGGAGGGAGUGCGGCCCGUGGGGCGUUGCGCCGGCCGGACCCACCCGGGGCCCGGGGGCUGCCCGCAGAGCCGGGAGCUGGCCCGGCCUCGGCGCCGUCCCGGACCCCCGGUCGGCCGCGCCCCGAGGGGCGAGGCCUGCGGGCCGCACUCCCUCCGGCCCCGGAUUCGGGGCUGGAAGUCCCUCCCCGAACCCAGCAGCGGGCCUGGGAGGGAGAAGGGGCUGGAGAGGGCCUGGCCUCUCCGAGGGAUGGAGGGGACAGAGGCGGCGGCGGCCAAACCCGCGGGCGGCAGCCCCCAAGGGCCCAAGACAGGGAGUGGAACAGCCAGCCCCAUGGAGGGGACCUCAGCUGUGGAGUGGAGUGGUCCCGAGCCACAGCUGGAUAAUGGACACCCCCCAAGACCCUGGCCUUGCCCUCAGGAAAACAGAACAUCCAGCCCGAUGGCCCCCCAGCCUCCCAGGGUAUGGGGGGUACGGCUCCAAGGCCCCUCUGUGCUGGAAUCCAAGGUGAGGGCUUUGAAGGAGAAGAUGACAGUGGCCAAACAGGGAGUGAGUCCCUGCCCUGCUUCCCACGAGUGGUCAUCCCCCAAGAAACCCCAAUGCAGACGAGGCAAGGCAGGGGGAGCCGGGACUCCAUCAGAGGAGUCUUUCCUGCCAGGUGCUGUGGUGGCUCCUCAUACCCAAAACCUGCCUGAUGCGCAGCUGGACGGCAGCAUCAAUGAGGAGGAACCCACCAGGGACGGGGGCCCCAGGCUUCCCGGGCCGCCUGCCCCUGGACGUGAGUACUGCAACAGGGGGAGCCCGUGGCCUCCAGAAGCCGAAUGGACACUUCCUGACCAUGAGAGAGGUCCGCUGCUGGGGCCCAGCUCUUUGCAACAGAGCCCCAUCCAUGGAGUUACUCCCGGACGGCCUGGGGGUCCUGGUCAUUGUAACAAAAUCAUCCACAUUCCCAGCCCAAGGACAGGAAGGUCCUACCCUUUUCCAGAUGGCGUGGUCACAGAGGCAGAUCUGGAUAGCACAUCCCUGACCUCCGAGGAGGACUUUGUCCCCAGGACAGCCCUGCUGGGUGAGCGCUGGAGAGCUGGAGACCUGGAGGCUCUGGGCGCUGGGAGCAGUGUCUUGUCCCUGUCUGAUCGGGUGGAGAGAAACCGCCUGUUGCUGCAGGAGAUGCUCAACGUUUCUGGGCAGAGCCCCCGCAAGGUGGGAACCCCCACCUGGACUCCAUCCUGGGACACAGCUGGACCAGAGCGACCAGUGGGGGAUGUGGACUGGGCCUUGCAGGACUCCGGCCAGAACAGGACCGUUGGUCCCAAGCCGGAGCCUGUGCUGAGCCCCAGGCAUGAGGAAGCCACGCAUCUGCUGCAGCGUGCCCGCAUGAAGGCCAGGACCCGGCCCCUCCGUGCCAGCCAUGACAUCGUGCCCACCAUUACCCAGGGCAGCCGAGAUGGCCACAGAAUCCCAGCCCGGGACCCCAGGACGACCCUUGCCUGCAGAGACAGCCUCCAGAACGGGCACACGAGCGAUUCCUCCAGCGGAGAGUCCAGCGGCGGGCAGAGGCCGAGGCGGGGCCCCUCUCCAUCGCACGUGCGCUUUGAGGAUGAGUCCGCCCGCGAAGCCGAGUUCCGUCACCUGGAGCGGCUGCAGCAGCGCCAGCGCCAGGUGCUGAGCACCGUGCUGCAGGCCGCGGACCAGGGCCCCCUGCGCUCCAAGCCCGACCUCGCCGACUACAUCAACGGGGCCCCCCGGCUCCGGGACUCGGGGCAGGGGACAUUCCACCGGCUUGUGGGCAGCCUGGACCGCAGGGGACACCCGGCGCCGCCGGCACCGGGCAGCGAGAGGAGGUGCCAGGCCUGCGGCAGCUGCAUCGACGACCCGCGCCCCGCCCAGGGGAAGGCGCCCCCCGACCCCAGGACCCUCCAGGAGCUCCAGGCUGCCUGUGGGAUGGAGAGGGUGCUGGGUGGCCUGAGCUCCCCACUCCCGCUCCUUCCUGCAGAGCCCCGGCUCCACAUGGAAUGGAUCCGGGAAACACACAUCGGAGACACCGUGUGCCCUGCGGAGGUGGACUCUGCCCUGGACAGCACAGACAACUCUGACAGCUGCAGGACCGACAGUGAGGAGGCGGGGACCUCUCAAGCUGGCUGGGCGUGUGGGCGGACCCAAGGCAGCAGCCCGCGACUGCGACUGCGGGGCUCCAGGCCUCGAGGCCACAUGUGGUCCAAGAAGGCUGAGGCGGAGCUCCCUUGGGGCCUUCAGGCCCAGCAACACCUGCCUAGGGCUGAUGAUGUAGAGGUGGAAAAUGAGGUGAAGGAGGGCAGAGGACACACGCCUGGAGGAACUCUAUUUUUGAGAGAAGAUUCCGUCCCUAAGCCUCCUGACCUGGAGUUGAAGCGGGUGUCCCUGGGACCCCAGUGGCAGCCUGGACCAGGGCUGGGAAGUCACCAGGCUCACCCUUUGGAUUCCCAGACUCCAUGCAGGACAGCCUAUGCCACCACCUCCCCCAUGACGCCUGAAUCAUCGGGGCCAGGAGGCCAGGCCCAGGUUACAGAAAGCCACGAGUCCCUGGAAAUUGUCUCUCCUUCCUCCCUGCAACAGAGCCAUGCAGAACCUUCUGCCCCACACCAAGCCUGGCAGCCAACAGCUUCCUUUUGUCUUGAAGGCUGGGCGCCAACCCCUCCCGCUUCGAGGAAAACCACCUCGCCGGUGUCUCACAGGAAGGCAGCCCUGGCUGGACGGCUCAGGCCGGGUGACCAGAGAGAGCCUGUGGGUAUCCCCCGGCCUUCUUCAAGAAACGCGGUUCUCAGGACCUGUGAGCUGCCCCCAUCACAGACCCAGCCCAGCCGCCCUCAGGUCAGGCACCCACUGCUGGCCCUGUCCACCAACAACUGCAACAACAGCGCACCUCGGGGGCUGCAGGAGCCCUACGGGGGAGCCGUCCACGAGGGUAGGGUGGAGAGGGGCCUCUGCAGCCGGGAACCGGAGCUGCCCCUGGAGAACAGCAGAGAUGGAGGACCCCAGGGCUUUCCUGGCUCAGCAGAUGUUGCCACCAUCAACUCCACGGGCAUCACCCUCUCCCUGUCCUCAGAGGAGCCAGAGUCCAGCCAGGAACCAGAGGGAAGCCUGCAGAGGACAGGGUCAGGAUCUGGAGGACAUGUGCUGUCAGGAGCAUCAGCAGGGGCUGGCACAGGACCCGGCUCCCCCUCGGCUGCCCCUUUGGACCAGAACAAGAAAAGGAGCAGCAGCAUAGCCUCCACCCUGGGGCUGAAAAAGCUCUUCUCAGCCCUGGGCCAGAGUUCCCGGCCCAAGCUGGGCAAGUCCCGCAGCUACAGUGUGGAGCAGUUGCAGCCCGCCCCGCCUGGCCUGACGUCACACUCUAGGGCCCCAUCGUUACAAUCCCUGCACCCGAAUGUAGCAAGUGAGAGCGGUUUGCGUCGCUGGCGCCUUUCAUUUCCCAGGCUGCAGGCGAGAAGAGGAUGCGGACUGAAUGAAGGUCCCAUUGACUGUCUUCCACCAAAGACUGUCCAAGGCGCGUGGCCAGUGCUCAACAAAUAUUUGCUGGUUGAGUGAAUGGAAGGCAAAGAAACCACCCAGAGACUGAAGCUGGGGGGAACCAGCCGCGGUGACUUGUGCUCCAGAAACUCACUGUUCUCAUGAAGUUAGAUUUAUCCAAAGCAUGUCUGAGCCGUGGCACCCAGAUUUAUUGUCAUCAGGACUUCCAUCUCUGUAAGCCCUCCAAGGCAAACACCACCCCUGUCGGUGUCAUGGAGAGGUUCAUAGGCAAUCUGAGCUGAAUGGACAGAGAUAGGAAGUCGACUGGGCAAGAAAGGGAGGCAGAGCAGGGAGGAUGAGCAGCAGAGAUAAAUUUUCAAGAACUGAAAAAAGACAGAAAUUUUCAAGAAAAUAAAAAAGAAGAUAAAGGAAGAAUCUGUCUCCCCUGCAGUAUUUGUGACAUUCCAAUACUUGCUGUUGGUGUGUGGUGCUGCCAAGAGUGUGUUUGCUGGGAGGUUUAGUUUUUUGGGUUGUUUUUUUUUUAAGAUGGAGUCUCGCUCUGUCACCCAGGCUGGAGUGCAGUGGCGCAAUGUCUGCUCACUGCAACCUCGACCUCCCAGGUUCAAGCAAUUUUCCUGCCUCAGCCUCCUGAGUAGUUGAGAGUACAGGCAUAGGCCACCACACCCGGCUAAUUUUUGUAUUUUUAGUAGAGAUGGGGUUUCACCAUGUUGGCCAGGCUGGUCUCAAACUCCUGACCUCCCAAAGUGCUGGGAUUACAGGCAUGAGCCACUGCACCCGGCCGUAUAUAUACCACAUUUUCUUUAUCCACUCGUUGGUUGAUGGGCACUUAGCUUGGUUCCAUAUCUUUGCAAUUGCAAAUUGUGCUGUUAUAUACAUGUGCACACCAUGUACACAGCAGCAAAAUUUGCAAUUGCAAAGAUAUGGAACCAAACUUUUUCUUAUAAUGACUUCUUUCCUUUGGUAGAUACCCAGUAGUGGGAUUGUAGGAUUGAAUGGUAGUAGAUCCUUUUUUUUUUUUUUUUUGAGACAGGGUCUCAUUCUGUCACUCAGGUUGGAAUGCAAUGGCAUGAUUUCAGCUCACUGCAACCUUCGCCUCCGGGUUCAAGUGAUUCUCCUGCUUCAGCCUCCCGAGUAGCUGGGAUUACAGGCACCCGCCACCAUGCCCGGCUAAUUUUUGUAAUUUUAGUAGAGACAGGGUUUCACCAUGUUGGCCAGGCUGGUCUUGAACUCCUGACCUCAGGUGAUCUGCUCGCCUCAGCCUCCUAAAGUGCUGGGAUUACAGGCGUGAGCCACUGCACCCGGCACACACCAUCUCCUUUUAAUGUGCACUGAAACCUUUUAACUUACCUGUGCUCAGCCCUGCCCCCAUUAUUUUGUGAACUCCUUGAAUGAUUUCUUGUCUUUUUAUCAGCAAUGUUUGAAGGUACAAUAUUCAAUUUAAAUUUUUGAACGAAAGCAAUCAUAAAAUACAUACUAAAGAAUCACAAAAUAAUAUUUUGAAUUUUAACUUUAAAGUGGUAUUUAUUACUGUAUAAUAAACUUACUUUCAUUUCUUCCUUAAUGAGUACAUUAGAUUUCCUUAAUCAAUGAGGUAAUUAGUAUAGCACUAAAGUUGUUAUUUCAGCUAAAAAGCAAAACAAAAACUCCCUUGACUCCUCAGAUGGCCUAUGUAGACCCAACUCCUUGAGUAAGUCAUGGUGGUUCCUGUUGAAUUCUUGGAAGCAAUGAUAAAAGCUUGUGCUGUCACUUUCUUACAGGGCCCUCAGGUUCAUGGUGGGGCCAAGUCCUCUGUCAGCACCUCCCAGGUGGCUUUUCUCACCUGUAAU